UAGAUUAUGAAAUAUUCAUACUUUUUGUUUAUACAAAUUUUUAAAGUACCAGGGUUCAAUUAAUAUGCGUCGAAAUAAUCAUUUUUAUACGACUGACUUGACUAACGUUAGACAUGCGCAUCCGUAAAAGAACAUAAAACACACACUCACACUCGCACAAAACACAAAACACACAAAAACACAGCCCGCCGAAAAAAAAAUCCCCAAAUCCCCAAAAAAAUCUCCGAUGGGUGAAGAAAAUGGGGAAGAGUACCUGUUCAAGAUAGUGGUGAUCGGCGACUCGGCGGUCGGAAAAUCGAACCUGCUAUCGCGGUUCGCCCGGGACGAGUUCGACCACCACUCGAAGGCUACGAUCGGCGUCGAGUUCCAGACGCAGCUGAUGGAGAUUGACGGCAAGGAGGUCAAGGCCCAGGUCUGGGACACCGCCGGACAGGAGCGCUUCCGCGCCGUCACCUCCGCCUACUACCGCGGGGCCGUCGGGGCUCUCGUCGUCUACGACAUCAGCCGCAAGGCCACAUUCGAGAACAUCAAGCGAUGGCUCGAUGAGCUCAAUACCCAUUGCGACACUACUGUAGCCACAAUGCUAGUCGGAAACAAGUGCGAUUUGGAAGACAUACGAGAGGUGAGUUUGGAAGAGGGUAAAGCUCUUGCCGAGGAAGAAGGAUUGUUCUUCAUUGAGACAUCUGCACUCGACUCCACAAACGUGUACAAUGCCUUUGAGACCGUGAUUCGCGAGAUUUUCGACAAGGUGAGUCGCAAGAUUCUCAACUCAGAUUCUUACAAAGCUGAGUUGUCCGUGAACCGGGUCAGCCUUGCAAAUGGGGUUGACCCGUCAAAGCAAAAUACGGGCGCCUUCUCAUGCUGCUCGAGGUGAGAUUUCCCCAUCUCUCGUGACAUGAGGGUGAUUCGAUUGUGGUGUUCUCUCAACUCCUUUGGUUUUAUACAGACAAGAAAAUUUUAGCUUAUGUUAUUAUGUUACAAACUUACAAACCUAUUAUUUUUGUACCAUGUAUCAGUCAUUGGGUUCAAUUAUGGACUGCGCAAUGAAUAGUGAUUGAUAGAUGGUGUAUCUGAAUUGUAACCAAAUACAUGCAUUGAGAAUCAAGUUCUUUUUCUGUUCCUACCCUUUGUGCUGGUUCUUUUCUUGUGUCAGUUGACACACUUGUUUUGAAUUUUUC